GGGAGGACUGACAGGCCGCUGGGAGGGGUGCGGGGUAGGGGGAGCGAUCUGAAUAAUUGAGGAGCUGUUCAGCAGCAGAGGCUGUCUCCUGCCUUCCUUUGCCACCGCCACCCCGCUUCACAGUGGGAGACACAGAGCCAGCGCUUAAGUGCGGACCGCUACCAACAGCCCGGGCAGCCAGUUCAUCGCCUCCAACCCUUUGACGUUCAUGCCCAGGAGAAGGCUGCUUUGGGUCCCUUUGGACCUUUGCUAAAAGGGAGAUCUCUGUUCACCAGAUGAGUUCCAGAAGCAUCCACUAAGGCUUCCAUAGCCGUCUUCUAUCAGUUGACCUUCACCACCACCCCUAUCACUCAGGAUGAGUGGCUUCCUCGCCUCCCUGGACCCCCGGCGGGUGCAGUGGGGGGCUGCCUGGUACGCCAUGCACUCCAGGAUCCUGCGUACCAAACCAGUGGAAUCCAUGCUGGAGGGAACUGGGGCCACCACACCACAUGGCACCAAGUUAGCCCAGGUGCUCACCACCGUCGACCUCAUCUCACUUGGCGUUGGCAGUUGCGUGGGCACCGGGAUGUAUGUGGUCUCUGGCCUGGUGGCCAAGGAAAUGGCAGGACCUGGCGUCAUUGUGUCCUUCAUCAUUGCAGCCGUUGCAUCCAUAUUAUCAGGUGUCUGCUAUGCAGAGUUUGGAGUCCGUGUCCCCAAGACCACAGGGUCAGCCUACACCUACAGCUAUGUCACGGUCGGCGAAUUUGUGGCAUUUUUCAUUGGCUGGAACCUGAUCCUGGAGUACCUGAUUGGCACCGCGGCCGGCGCCAGUGCUCUGAGCAGCAUGUUUGACUCACUGGCAAACCACACCAUCAGCCGCUGGAUGGUGGACAGCGUGGGAACACUCAACGGCCUGGGGAAAGGUGAAGAAUCAUACCCUGACCUUCUGGCUCUAGUGAUUGCCAUCAUCGUCACCAUCAUCGUCGCACUGGGGGUGAAGAAUUCCGUGGGCUUCAACAACGUCCUCAACGUGCUGAACCUGGCAGUGUGGGUGUUCAUCAUGAUUGCAGGCCUCGUCUUCAUCAAUGGGAAAUACUGGGCUGAGGGCCAGUUCUUGCCCCACGGCUGGUCAGGGGUGCUGCAAGGUGCGGCCACAUGUUUCUAUGCUUUCAUUGGCUUUGACAUCAUCGCCACCACCGGAGAGGAAGCCAAAAAUCCCAACACGUCCAUCCCUUAUGCUAUCACUGCGUCCCUGGUCAUCUGCCUGACAGCAUAUGUAUCCGUGAGCAUGAUCUUAACUCUGAUGGUGCCGUAUUAUGCCAUUGACACGGAAUCCCCGCUCAUGGAGAUGUUUGUGGCUCAUGGGUUCUACGCUGCAAAAUUCAUCGUGGCCAUUGGGUCUGUUGCAGGCCUGACAGUCAGCUUGCUGGGCUCCCUCUUCCCAAUGCCUAGGGUCAUUUAUGCCAUGGCUGGUGAUGGGCUCCUUUUCAGGUUCCUGGCUCAUGUGAGCUCCUACACAGAGACGCCAGUGGUGGCCUGCAUCGUGUCGGGGUUCCUGGCGGCUCUCCUCUCUCUGUUAGUCAGCCUGAGAGACCUGAUAGAGAUGAUGUCCAUUGGCACACUGCUUGCCUACACCUUGGUCUCUGUCUGCGUCUUGCUUCUUCGCUAUCAACCAGAGAGUGACAUUGACGGCUUCGUCAAGUUCUUGUCUGAGGAGCACACAAAGAAGAAGGAGGGCAUUCUGGCUGACUGUGAGAAGGAAGUUUGCUCUCCUGUGAGCGAAGGGGAAGAGUUUUCAGGCCCAGCCACCAACACAUGCGGGGCUAAGAACUUACCAUCCUUGGGAGACAAUGAGAUGCUCAUAGGGAAGUCCGACAAGUCAACCUACAACGUCAACCACCCCAACUAUGGCACUGUGGACAUGACCACAGGCAUAGAAGCCGAUGAAUCUGAAAACAUUUAUCUCAUCAAGUUGAAGAAGCUGAUUGGGCCCCGUUACUAUACCAUGAGGAUCCGGCUGGGCCUUCCAGGCAAAAUGGACAGGCCCACAACAGCCACAGGGCACACGGUGACCAUCUGUGUGCUCCUGCUCUUCAUCCUCAUGUUCAUCUUCUGCUCCUUCAUCAUCUUUGGUUCCGACUACAUCUCAGAACAGAGCUGGUGGGCCAUCCUUCUGGUCGUUCUGAUGGUGCUACUGAUCAGCGCCCUGGUGUUUGUGAUCCUGCAGCAGCCAGAGAACCCCAAGAAGCUGCCCUACAUGGCCCCCUGCCUCCCCUUUGUGCCUGCCUUUGCCAUGCUGGUGAACAUCUAUCUCAUGCUAAAGCUCUCUACCAUCACAUGGAUCCGGUUUGCAGUCUGGUGCUUUGUGGGUAUGCUCAUUUAUUUCGGGUACGGCAUCUGGAACAGCACCCUGGAAAUCAGCGCCCGAGAAGAGGCCCUGCACCAGAGCACGUACCAGCGCUACGACAUGGACGACCCCUUCUCGGUGGAGGAGGGCUUCUCCUACGCCACAGAGGGCGAGAGCCAGGAGAACUGGGGCGGGCCGGCCGAGGACAAAGGCUUCUAUUACCAACAGAUGUCAGAUGGGAAGGCGAACACCCGGACAAGUAGCAAAGCGAAGAGCAAAAGCAAACACAAACAGAACUCAGAGGCCCUGAUCGCAAACGAUGAGUUAGAUUACUCUCCAGAGUAGGAGGGAACACCCAAGAAAUGUGUGGAAUGGUGGGGAUUUAUUUUCAGUAACCUGGGGGCUAGAAGGUGAAAACAUUUUUGGCUCUCAUUUCAAAAAUCCAGCCACCCCUAAAGUCAGUCCCCAGUCAUACCUGUCAUUUGCUACUUUUGCUCCUUGAGAUAGUUCUGUCGAAGGGUUUAACCUGGGUCCCCUAACUGGUCCCCUUGUAAAAAAAAAAAAAAAAGAAACAAGAGGCUAUAAGAAAUUCUAUCUUAGGUGCAACCGUCAGAGCUGAUGGCAGCAAAUGUUCCCUAGGUCUUUGCUUCGCUGAUUGAAUCUUUUUGCUUCUUACUCACACCCAAGAAGCAAGGAGCAAACUUUUUGGACCACCCCAAGGCUGCAGGUGGGCAUGGGCACAAGGCCCGCAUUUCAGCCACCCGAGACCACAAGGGCAAGCUCUGUUCUCAGCAUGCCCGGCUGAGAGCAGCUCCCAGAGCCCGGAGCGGGCAGGUGGGCCUUGGUAUUUCCUUGGCAAGCAACGUCUUGUCCUGAAUCCCACAACACAAAUUCAUGGAGAAGGUCCAUGCUUGUUUUUAUUAAAAAGGUUCUCAGAGUCUCCAAACUAUAACUUUAGGAUCCAGCAAAGGUCAGGGACGCUGAGUGAGACCAUCUCCCUAAAGGCUUCAGAUUCACCAUAAAGCAGUCAUGCAGAUCCAAUCAUAAGUUAAGAAGCACCAUCAAAGCUCUACUUAAAGGGCUAGAAAAAAAUAAAUAACCAUCUCAUAUGGUGAAGGCCAGAGGGCACUGGCAGCAAUGAGCUCUCUGUCAUUGCUUCUCUUAUACCGGACUCUAAGCUCCUGCUGAUACGAUGAAAGAGGGCAAAGCUGGAGCAUGACUUCACAGCACUAAUAUGUCUCAAAGAAGCAGGCUGUUUGUUUUACAAUCAGAUAAAAAUCUUUAUAAGGAGAAGUGACCCAGCCACUGAGAUCACAUUGCAAAUUCUAUUUCAGAUUUCUGAAAUUAUGAAUUCUGUAGUCUUUUGAGAUACGCAACCGCCUGAUUGGUGGGUGCUGCUCGGAAGACAAAAACGGUGACGCACAGCGACCUAGGUAAUUGCAUUCCAUGAGAUCAUGUUUCACUUCUGAACCUUAUUCUUCUGGAGCAGCUCAAUUUUAGACACGUAUUUUUCCUGUUAUUUCCCAAAGCGGUUUCUCUGAAGACCAGAGAAAGAUCUGAAGAGUAAGUUCUGAAGCUGAGCCUUAAGAGGGACUCUUAAAGGCAUUUUCUCAGAAACAACCUAAAUGAGAUAAUUUACAACAGGGAAAAACACAUGGUCCUUAAAUUCUGCUCUUGAGGUACAGGAUUCCCAUGGCUGCCCUAAGAUGUGUACGCGUGUAUGUGAAGGCACAAUUGGGAUCAAGCUAAAAUCUUGGUGAGAAUUUCCUGAAAGGGAGGGAAAAUAGCAGAUUCCACGCUCUCUCUCUCUCCUGGAUCUAGCUUUAUGCCAAAAGUUUUCCAGAAUAUAUUGACUAACAUUUAGGUCUACUCUAUCUUAAAGGUUGAGGCUUGUGCCAUCUUGGCAUGCUUUAGGAUUCUGGAGAGGAGCCAAAAGUCCAUUUUUUUUCACUCAACUAACGCUGAUCGAGAAUGUACCAGGUGCUAAGUGAUGGAAAUGCAAAGAAGUAUAACAUCUGCCCUUGGGAAGUCACAGUCCCAGGAAUGAGCAGCCUGAGAGAUGUCAGUAAAACAAGCGACCCCAACGGGUCCUCACAGUUGAUGCACAGGCUGUAACACAGUAUAAAGAAAGAUCCAUCGAAACUAGUUUUAAAAAAAAAAAUAAGCUUUCACAUAAGUUGCAUCUCAUACCUAUAGCCAAUAUAUGCCAUUAAAUUCAAAUAACUACUAUUUUCUAGAUCUCCUUUUUCAUUCCUCUAUAUUAAUUAUUUAGAACUCUGGUUUCCUGAGGUCCUUUUGUCAUUUUAACAUAAUGCCUGGCAAUGUGUGCUUUCUCUCCCCUAAACUUAGCCGUAAAGAUGCUGUGCCUGGUCUGUGAAAUACAUCUUUGGGGAUUAAUUGUACACGAAUUACCCGUAACUCUUGUGAACACAAAGUUUUGAACCGGUUUUACGACUCAACAAAUCUGCCUAGUGUGAUAUAAUCUGUUAAGCUUGAGAUACAUCCAGAUAGAUGAGGCGGAGCUGCCUUCAUUAAAAAUGUUCAAAGAGAAAUAUGAAUGCAAAAUAACAAAACCUUAAUGUGAAUCAAAGAGCUUUCUUUUAUCAGUGAGGUUUGGGUACUGAAGUUGACAAUGGUUUGGCGGGAGAUGUGCAAUUUCUAUAGCCUGAGAAGGGGCAACACGUGCUCUGGUAAAGACCAUUGGUAUUGAUUUCAUGAAGAUCCUAUGAACCACUCAUUGCAGGAGCCAUUUCUCCCAAGUAAUAUCUCUAUAUUUUCUAAGCUUUGCUCUCUUUAUUUCUUUAAAGUUAGUCAUUUCCCCAGCAACCUUGGUUUAAAAAAAAAUAAUAAGUCAACAUAAUGAAAAAGUUUUUUUAAGGUAAAUAGACAUGUUUUCCCUCGUAAUUCCCAGCCUCUGUGAAACAGUCAUAGAUUUCACAAUGUAGUUUUCAAAUACCAUCAGUCACUAGAAUGAUUAUAUUAAUGUUUCCUAAAAUUUUCUUAAGGCCACAUUUGUGGGACCAUGUUUAAUGUAAGAUCACCUUAUAAAUAAUUACAGGAGAAGUUUAGCCCCCUUGAAAGGACCCAAGGAAGAGCUACAUUUUGUUGACUUCUUCUCUAGAGCAAGAGCUCUUCCAGUGAGCUUUCAUCAUGUGGAUUUAUGGUUUGGAGCCAAUUACUUGAUUUUUUAAAAUUGCAUUCUGUUUAUUGGUACUCUGCUUCAUUUCAAAAAGAUUUGAGGUGGCUAUUAAAAUACACAUAAUACCAGAAAAAAUCAAGUGAGGAGCUUGGGGCAAAUAGAAAUAAAGGAUAAGACAAAGCUAAAAGUGUGUCUGGUGCUCAAAUGCAGAAUCUUGACAUGCAUUGCUAAAUUUGCCAAUGAGGGGACAACUUGAAAAAUAAUGGAAUUGUUGGUAGUGACAGGAAGAAGUACUCCUGAAUGAUAAGAACAUAUCUUGCCCCAUGAGGGCAGAGAAUUGUGAUAGCAUAGAUCAUUGGAACCCACAGAUGAGCUUCAGACCUAGAUUUUACCAACUACCAGUGCCUGGCAUAUAGUAGAUGUUCAAUAAAUAUCUGAUGAUUGGAUGAAUGAGUGAAUGGAAAAUGAAAUAUCAUUUAUUCAACAAUUUUUUGUGGAGGGUCUAAAGUGUGCUAUGGCAUAAGAAAUAGGGGAAAUAGGAUAUAUAACAAGAACAAUAGCGAAGGUAGCAGGUGAGAUCAGGGAGUUACAUGCGGCAGAGGUUCAAAUAUGGAAAAGGCCUCCUUCCAUUGAAAGAUGAUAGAGAAUGGAGCCUUUGUGCUUGUGGAAAGGAUGGAAUUCUGCCAGGUAGAAAUGGGGGAAAGGCUUGUCAGGUGAAGGAUCAGCAUGAGUAAGGUAGAGGCUGUGGCUGACGCUGUCUCCUGACUAAUAAUUUGUACUGUGCCUCCUUUAAGGGAAAGCAAGAAGCUAGUUUGACAGGGGCUUAUGAUUUAUAUAUAGAAAGUGAGAAAGAAUGCUGAGAAGGCAGGUUAGGGCUCACUCAGAGAUCGGCUUGAAUGUCGAGCUGAGCCGGCUGGCUCUCCUGGGGUGGGGAGGACACAGGAAAAUGAUGAAAGUGUGAUUCAGGAAAGGGUGGACUUCAAGAGGCUGGGCAGUGGCUUCAUCUGCCUACACAAGGAGCUAACCAGUCACACACGCACUCCAAGUUGAUUUAACAUAUUAAAAGGAAAAAAUAUCCCUACUUAAUGCAAUGUAUGAUUCUGCCUUUGAGUCCCAUGUCUGAUUUCAUUAUUAACCCAGGGGAAGUAUAGUCAUUUAACACGCGGACAGACAACACAAACAAAGAUAUUUGCAGCCACACUGAAAUUUUCAACGAGUUUAAACAACCAAACCUAACAACUUUUUAUAUCUAACUAAUCUAAACACGGAAACCUCAGCUCAAAAUUUUACUCGGCUUGAGUUAAAGGACACAUUGAACUAGUGCAAGGAAUUAAAUGACAGAAUUAGGUUAAGAAUCCAUUUCUACUCCUUAGUAACAAACUAAUAGCUAAUCAAAUGUCUACGGAAUGGUCAUGAUGAGCCUGGUUAAGUAAACAGGAAAAAAUGUUGAAUUUAAUGAUCCAUUUUUCUCUAGAACCCAUGGGUCCAUCAGGAUAUAAAUCUAGCAACUAUUGAGGGGAAAAAAAAAAACUCCUUUAAAGAAAUGUCUUUCCCCUGUUCUCCUGAAAAGGGUUGAUAAACUUGACCUCCUUUACAUUACAUUUGUUGGAAGUCUACCUACCAAGGGGCUGCCUCCUCUCUGCAUUCUAAAUAGAAGCUACAGGAGUUUGAGAAUCAGCCUAAAAGACUGGAGGAAAUUGCUGUCCCCUCUCCCACCGGUUUUACCGGAGACCUGAGACGUCAGUGGAAGUCUGCUGAGGGUCAGCCACAGGUUUACCUAAUUUAGUAUCUCAGAUUAGAAUGUCUUUUUGGGUGGAGAAGUCAGAAAUCAGGAAAUGUGUCUGAAGCCAGAAUUGAGGUCAGCUCACUGAGUCCAGGCGGCCGUUAACAGUCCACUGGGAUUUCAGCCUUGGGGCUAGUGAGCAGUCUAGGGAUGGCCUUAAUUUGUCACACUGGUGGGGAAGUGGGGAGCAAAGGAAACGCACACUCCACAGUUAGCACUCUAGGGCUGCAUGGCAAGCCCCCAUUUCCGUGCUAUUUGGAACAAGACUAGUGAAGGAGAGUGUUUCUAUCCAAAAUUUUCACAAAGCCUCGGUUUCUCCUGUGUGCAUGUCCCUCUCUGAGGCUGAGGAGCCAUUUGUCUACAGGGCCCCUUUGGAGUCCCUAGGAGAGAGAGGCGCUAGCUGGUAACCAGUGGUGGCCUGGCUGUGAAAGAACCAAUACUGGUAAACAAUGCACAAGUGCAGAAAAAAGCAUCCCCAACCCCGAGCUCCACCACAAGCGGGAGCCAGGCCACUGCUUCACCAAGGAGUUCUCAUUGUAAUUCUGAAUCGGAACGGUGAUGGGCAGCAAAAAGUCCCUUUUGUGUACAGAAUUGUUAGUCCUGGGUCUACUUUCAUUUUCUCUAAGACUUUAGAGGACAGGCUGUUGUAAUUUUUCCCCUCCUCAGGAGCAACUUCCUUUCUAAAAUGCCUUUCUCUUCUUGCUCGGCUUGAAUAACACACGUCUCAUUCUGAAAUACCUAAGCAGUUGCUUUUUGCCAAAACUACUUCUUUAAGAAAAUGUUCCUUUUUUUCUUUUUUUAGUACUUAAAGCCCAAAAGGGAUUGGUGGAAGUUUCGAAGCCCAUCAAAAGUGAACAGAUAUUCUGUAUUCUGCAGUAUCAACUAAAAGAGUGUUGAGACUCAGUGAACAGUAUUCCACAUGCAUGAUCUACAGAAUUCAUACAGGACUAUCACAAGGGCAGCUGCGGGCUUGACGUCUUCUGAAAGCAGGCAGCACUAACUUCCUGCUCUGGGAGAACAUUUAGUGCAUUUGGGCACAAUAAGGAAAGAAAAUGGCUUUUAUUAAGACUAGGAAACAGGAGCAGCCUGGAUGUUUUCACUAGUGCUUUGUCUCUGUGCUUUUUUUUUUUCUAGUACACUUUCUUGACAUUCACGUUGGUGACACUGGCUAAAGGGGAUUGUGGGUCAUGUGAAUUUCCCAGGAAGCGCAGACUUUGAAGGAUUGCAUUCAUUCUGAUGUGGGGAUGAGGAGACGAGACUGGUCCUUACACGUCUCUUGGCAGUUACCAAUACACUUGUCUCACUCACUCAUGCUCCCAAAGGCAAGACUCUACACUGGGAAUCAUAAACCCUCGCUCUCCAAAGCAAAGACACUGUUGAUGCUACCAUGGCGCAUAAAUACCUCAACUGUCUGGGCUGAUAGAAGGGGCUGCGGGUUUUUAAGAGAGCGGCUAUUGUCCUCAUGCCAUGUAGUUACACCAUCUAAUGACGGGACUCCACAUUCUAGCUUUUCUCACUGUGGUAAAGAAACGCUACUGUUUAAUUCCUAUCCAAAGUUAUAACCAUGGCUUGUAAAUUUGACUAACUUGUUUCGUUCUCGUUUGGUCCUUGAGAAGUACAACUUGCUUUUGCGGAUGGUAAUUUCUGGUGUCGUUCUCUGCUUUUUUUUUUUUUUUUGGUAUGAAAUUGCUGUAUUUGCUGAAGUUUGUCCGUUUUGUGGUUUUUAAUUCCCAUUGGUGCACUGUACAAUGGGAUGUUGUAGUAUAUUAUGAAGAAGAAAUAAUGUGCAGAUAUGUUAUGGAGUGUGUUUUAUUUUAAAAUGACUGUGGUGUUGAGAAUAUAUUGAUUUAUCAAGAUACUAAGGGAAAAUUCUAAAUUUACCAAAAUGUGUAUAUUUUAAUAAAUGUAUAAAGCUUUAUUGUGUGCCUUUAAAUUUAAAAUGGGGUGUAUAAAGAAAGUCAGAAACAAAAGUGUCUUACAAUAAAAUAUCCAUAGUAAUGGAAAGCUUUUACACAGGAGACUACCACAGGAAAAAAAAAGAAAAAGAAGCUUGCCCGUAUUUUGUUAACCUUAACCAGUACCUGAAGUCUCAUACUUUCUUUCCAUUCUAAAAUGGAGAGGAACAAGUGAAUCUUGCCUUAAAUGUUUCAAUUGUCCUUUGUAGAAAAGCCAGAUAAAUGAGCUCGUUAUUUUGAAACUAAUUGCAUUAUUGUGGAAAAUUUGUUUUCAGAAUAAAAAUAUUUUAAAAAUUG